GGCACGAUCACCCUUUUUCUUCAGCCUAGACUCUGGAAUGGCUAAUAAUGAUGUAUCUGAGGCUGGGCUUAUAAAAACGCAAGAAACCACAGUGUAAACUCUCGAAAGACUAGAUCUACCUGUGAACCUGCUACCUUACUGACAGGAUGAAGGUGAUAAUCUUACUUGUUCAGAUCGCGGCACUUUCAGCCGUCAAGCCAGGCUCAGUUCCUCCAGGAUUUACAGAAGAGAACGUGGCUUUACGCGGCAAGGCCACUCAAUCAGGGCUUCUAUCAGGCUCUGGGGCAGCCUACGCCGCCAUUGAUGGAAACCGAGAUCCUGAUUUCCGCCAUGGGUCCUGUGCCCACACCUCAAUCAGCCCCAACUCCUGGUGGAGGGUGGACCUGCUGAGGUCCUACUUAAUCACCUCCGUCACAAUCACCAACAGAAGAGACUGCUGUGGAGACAGGAUCAAUGGAGCUCAGAUCCUCAUCGGCGACUCCCUGGAGAACAACGGCAUCAAUAAUGCACGGUGCAGCAAGAUUGAAACUAUGACAGCAGGAGAGACUAAAACCUUUCCCUGUCCCGGGCUAAUGCUGGGACGCUACGUGACGGUGCAUCUUCCAGGAGCGAACUACCUUCAGCUCUGUGAAGUGGAAGUGAAUGUUUUGCUUCCUCCUGCUAACUUUUGUGGCUGAUACCACAUUUAAGGCUGGUCACUUUAGCCCGGUGUAGUUUGUAAGAAGUUGGGUAAAGAAAUCAAUUUUGGGAUCAAGUUUUAUUUCCUGCUUUUCAUGUACGCAACACUUGCUGAACACUUGCACUCCUGUUCUUUCUCUGAGUCAGUUCAUUGAUUGAUUUUCUUUGUAGCGCAUCAAAUAAACAUCUCAUUUUAAGCAUUGA